AGACGCCGUGCAGUGGUUAGAGAGCCCCGGCAGGUGACAGAAGGGGGGACGCGCCGCUUACCCAGUGCUCUAGACCACCACCACUUCCAACAUGUCGGCGCCUUCAGGAGGGCGGCGCCGUUUCCUGGGCCUGCUGCUGGUGUUCCUACUAGGGUUCGUUACUCUGGUGGAGGCCGUCCCAGCUACCGAUGAGAGGUCCCACCGUUUGCCCAGGUGGAUUGACGGACUGUGGAAGAAGAUUCGCUCAGGUUAUGACAGCGUGUCCAGCUCUUCAGACUACACUGACCAGGUGGUGAUGGACGCCCUGAACAGCGCCAGCAAGACGGUGACGGAGGGCGUAGAUGAGAUGAUAACCAUGCAACGUGACCGCCGGCGGAGUCCUUCCUACGACGAAGACUACAUUGUCUCUGCCCCUGCCCCUGCCCCUGCCCAGCCUGGUACAACCAGCUCUGGGGAGUCUGUGUAUCGUUUCUUGGGUCUGGAUGAGGACGUAAUGCACCACUUCAAGACCUUCCUGUCCCCCGCCAACCCUGCCUCCAUGAUGGUCUUUGAGCACCGCAGUAUAAUCUUCUGGAUGGUGACGCAGGUCUUCACAGACGCUGAUGGUGCACUGAUGUCUGGCCAAGCUGGUCAUCUUUACAUUUAUGCUGUCUGGGGUAACCAGAUGCAGAGUACCAUAGUGGAGACCAAUGGUGCAGUGAAGUGUGAGGUGUUCCUGAAGGCAAUAGACUUUGUGGACUUUGUGUGUGCAGAGAGGCUGUACCAGCACCAGCACUUUGAGUCCACCAAGAACGGCAGUGGUGUGUACCGCAUGACAUGGCAUGACAAGCUGGAGGUGACCUUGCGGCGACCUCUGCCCACCCAUUCUGUGAGAGACCUGCUAGUUUGGCGUUAUGAGGACCACGCACUGAUAGCCUUCCUCAAUACACUGGAGGUGAGGACUCUGUAUGGUGGCCUGCAGGUGGACGGGCUGACGCAGGUGGCCAGUGAUAUCUUCAGACAUCGGAGUAUGAUGGUGGAAGGCAGGUUGUUCACCAGCUACAACCACCUGGAAAAGGCAGCGUUCAUCACCAAACACGCACGAGGGUUUGCCAAGCUGGUGAUUGGCUCCAGGCACUUCCUAGCUGUGGCAAACUUUAUGGGCAAGGAUGGGAACACUGAGACACACAGCGACAUCUUUGUCUACGAGUCGGGCGUGGGCACCAGACUGUUCCAGCGAGUCCGCACCAGCGCUGCCCGUAGCUUUGCCUCCUUCACCUUCAGGAGUGCCCACAAGGAGGAGCACUUCCUGGUGGUGGCUAAUGAGUACUCUGUCAAUGCUGCCGGCAUGAAGAACUACCACACCGAAUCCAUGAUCUACAAGUUUUACAGGAACAAGUUUAUGGCAUUCCAGUGCAUCCAGACAGUGGCAGCAAGGCAGUGGGUGGUGUACCAGGGCCCCAGGGGAGAGUUCCUGCUGGGGGUGGUGAGUGGCCAGAGUGGUGUUGUCUUCUACCAGUACAACGGGUGGCGGUUCGUUCAGAUGUCCUUCCAGAUCAAACAGGCGGGCAUCAGGAAGGCUUGGAUUGGGUACCUGGGGAGGGUGAACCAAGCUGUCCUCACCCUGACUCACCGCAGCAGCAGCAGGCCACUUGUUUACUACUUGAGGUUCCAGCACUUCAGACCCAGAAUGCAGGAGGACGCUGAGCUGCAGUGGUGCAGUCUGUUCCAGCUGGGCAAGAACCCCCGGAGUGUGUUGGCACGGGUGCAGCGGGCACCGAGGAGGGACCAGCCCUUCACCUUCCCCCGGCCUAUCAGGAUCACUGGGAACCUCCUGCUGGCUCAGAGCAAUGCUGUCUCCACGAUUGGCGUGAUCCAUGUGCGGCAGGAUGGCUACAAGGUGGACCACAGCUUCAGCAAGAGCGUGGCCAACCUGGAUGAGGUGCAGGCAGCAUUUGCCAGGCUGGCCAGGGCUCGGGCUAUGGUGGCCAGAUCUGUAAAGCUGGAUGGCCCCAACUUGAAUGGUUUCCACUUCCACAAUGCCACCUUCAUUCCGUUCAGCCAUGGUAUGGGCGACUUUAUCGUCAACAAGCUACGUACUUCUAUGAUCAAUGGGCAGCCCUUCUCCGUGGACAAACUGAUCUGGCUGCAGCGUGACCAGCAGUUGCACCGCCUCACCCUGGAGCACGCUGACCUUGGUGCCGGCGUGUCUGCCUCGGUGACCUACCUCAGCGGCCCUGACCUCGCCCGCACCAACAUGCAGGACCUGGUGACCCUCUCUGGCAACCACUCCAUCUCUGGCCACAAGGACUUUGGUGUGGUGAAGGUCAACAGCCUAGUGGUGUCUGGCAGGAUCAGCAACAUCCGCUUCGACGCAAACACCCUGUUACUGACCGACAAGGAGCAGACCAUCACCUCGGAGUACACCAUGCAGGCCCUCGGUGCACGCACCGCCCGCCUGCAGCUCCUCAACGGCAGGGACAUCACCACUUUCCUGCAGCAGCUUGUCCUCAAUAACACCAACACUGCUAUCACAGGGCACGUUAUUGUCCGAGGAGACGUGAUAGCCAACUCUAUUCAGACAACUGGGUCGGUGCAGCCACUGGACCCUCAAGAUAUAGCAAGGAGGGCGCUGCUACACUCCACACAGAACACUCAAAUUGUCACAGGCAUACACACUGUGGGAGGAGUGUCUAUGGAGGGUGGCUUGAGGGUGGUGGGCACACUGAAUGGCCUCUCUAUACCAAGGGAUGUGUAUCUGAGGAGCUCCAAUGAGACUGUCAACCGGCCUGUUACCUUCAACUCCCUCCAAGCCAGCAGUGUGCAGGUUCUGAGCAGGCUGGGAGAUGUCAGGGUGUUGAACGGAGAGCUGGACGUGUUAUUGGUGCAUGGCGACCAGCAGGUGUCUGGGAGGAAGGUGUUUACAGAGAUGGUGCUGCUGGGACACUCCUCCGUCUCCCUCACUGUGUCCGGCCACAGACUGCGCGACCUCGAGAAGAACACCCUCAUACAGGACCUACUGGUGGCCCUGCAGAGUGGAAGGUCCAUCAUGGGUGAGGUGCGGUUUGAGGGACGGGUGGACGUGGUGGAUGCUGUACUAGGCGGCGCUAAUGUCACUCACAUGUUCCUGUUUGGCCUGCCUCUCCACACCACCUCCAUCCCUGCCACCUUUGUGUUUGAGGGCCCUGUCAGGAUUGUAGGGGACACUCGUGUCACAAACCACCUCAACGGCAAACGUGUGGACUUGUAUGCCCUGCUGGCCGGCACACACACUUUCACUCGCCAGGUUACCUUCACUUCAGACCUGGUUGCUGAGGGCCAUGUGCACGUCGCCACCACAGUGAAUGGCAUCAACCUUCAGGAGCUGCACCGCGUCCUGGCACUGCUCAGCUCAACAGUGACCGUGACCAACCUACAUGAUAUCACUCUGCACAGCCCCUCUUUCCGUGGCGGCCUGGAGGUGCGGCGCGGCGGUUCUGUGGUGGUGGCCGGCUUGGACCUGCAGGAUGUGGUGAUGAGGGACACUGAUGCCAUUAUUACUGGGCUGAAGACCAUGCCAGCAGUCCAGGUGGCAACAGCAGCAGCAGGGCACGUGGAGGUGUUGCCAGGUGGACGUGUGGAUGGUGUGGUGCUGGAGGACCUGUUCUUCGCCAACUCUCUCAGGAAGACUGCACAAGGCACGCAGCAGAUAGUGGGUGGGUCCCUGGGUGUGGUCGUGGCGGCAUCGGUCACCGGCACACAGCUGGGCGCCUUUGAGAGGAGUGUGGUGUAUCGUGACACUGCCUCAGAGCGUCUGGGUGGCUCGCUGCGCUUCAAUGGCCAAGUCACCAUCCAGGACCUCUCCUUCAGUAUGUGGGACCUUCGAUGGGUGUCUGCCGAGGAAUACAAGAGUGCCUGGCUACUGCGAACAGGGGACCAGGUGCUGACAGGCCUGAACACUAUCGAGACCCUGGAUGUCCUGGACCUCACCUUCAAUGGCAGGAUUCUUCAGGGUGUGGACUUUGAGCGCCUGGUGAAGAAUACAGCAAAGGUUGAUGAGGUGACUUUGCUGCACCAAGUGACCUUUGGCCAGCUUCUCUCUAACGGGCAGGUUGUGGUGAACGGCACUGUGCAGGGAAUAAAGCUGAGCCAGGAAGCCGUCACUACCUCAGCCUCGGCCAUCACGAUCACUGGCAGCAAGGUCUUCCAGGAUAAGGUUCACUACAGGGAGGAGUUCUCCAUAGAGCAGCAAGCCAUUGUCACAUCAGGAGGCAACGACCAGACUGCCCUUGCUGUAGACAUUGAAGAGCUGUGUGCUGCUAUCCUCAGUGUGCCGGCAGCUUCCACACGCAUCAGGAGGUGGAUCAUACAAGGAGAUGCAAGGUUUGAGCAGCAGGUGAGGGUGUUGGACUCCUUCAAUGGUGAGGCAGUGGCUACACUGGACUCCACGUUCUGGCUCACCCACAUCCCCACCAGGAUCUCUGCCGUGGCAUUCCUCGCCCACGUGGAAGCCCAGGGCAGCUUCAAUGUGGAUGUGGCGGGCAAGACCAAUGGACAGAGCCUGGAGGAAGUGUGGAACCAGCUGCUGAAGAGAACCUGUGAGGCGCAGACAGUUUCCGGCCAGCUCACUGUGCACACCUUGACAGUGGACCAUCUUUCCACACCAGCGCUUACCAAUCCCAACGACGACCUGCGUGUUGCAGACCUGCUUAAUAUCCUGCUGGUGGAUGGCGAUCAGGUCAUCACUGGCAUGCUGAACUUCACCAGUGUGGAGGCGCAGCACGUGGUGCUGGAGGGAACCAUUAACGGGCUGCAGGUGAACAGUGAUUUUGUGGUGCAGGGUCGGCAGGCGGUGAUCAGUGGCAGGAAGACCUUUGCUCACCUCACCAUUCUCGGGAACUUGUCCAUGGUGGAGGGUGGUACAGUGCAGGGUGUGGAUGUGUCAGAGCUGAGCAGGCUGGCAGCAAGGAAGACAGGCCAGGGACAGGUCAUCGUAGUGCCGGGCCUAACUACACUGCAGAGUCUUAACUAUGUUGGCUCUAACUUCCUGGUGGAGGGUCGGGUGGAUGGCGUAGUGCUGCGGCGGGACACGGUGCUCCUGCGGACUGUAGAGCAGGUGAUGAGUGGCACUUUGGAGGUGACCGCUGGGGAUGCACGGCUGCCAGCGGUGGUGGCGCCUCUCCUGGUGGUGCUGGAUAACCGUUUCAAUGGUGUGGAGUUUGAUCGCCUGCAGAACAUGACUGUCCGAAUGGACAGACGGGUGGUCAUCCAGAACAACGUGGUGUUCCAAGGAAUGUGUCGCUUCACCAGCCUGGCCAUACGGAGUCAGCUGGUCAAUGGCGUGCACCUCAGGGAGCUGGCCGAACUUAUUAAUGCAGACUACCUCCUCAACCUUGGCAAUCACUUGGGGGCCGUGCUGCACGCUGCCCGCUCCACCAGGGAGGUCAUGGCAGUGAAGGGAGCGGAGAUCUGGUACUACGAGGAGUUGCCCUUCCAGAAACUGUCCAAACUGAUAGCAGUGACCCUGAGGAGUGACACGCUGGUGUUUGGUGUGCACGACUCCCUGGUGGGCAUUGACAUGACCAACGAUGCAGUGUACACCUACAGGAUGGAUGUGCCCUUCCCUGCACUUUACCCGGCUGUGAAGGUAUUGGAGCCCAUUGCUGUGGCAGGCCUGGGUAGUGGCCUGCUGGCCACUUGUGGCAGGCUGGCCAUGGAUGCCACACCUGCAGGCACACACCAGCUUCCAAACUUCCAAGUGAUCCACCUGCAGGGUGGCACUGGUACCGGUUAUGGACACAUCUACUCCCUGGAGGCCAAUGGUGGAGUGUUGGCUGCCUUUGAGACUAGGGAGUGCAGGGACUUGGUGAGCUUCCAGCUGCAGGACGGCAGAGUGUGUGUGGCUGUGCUGAACUACCGCGCGCCAACCAUCAUUUUGUGCGGCACUGCCUCCACUGGCUUCCACCUGUUGACCCGCCUGGACACCACCCGUGCCACCAAGGGUGUGUGGGUCAGCUUCCAGGGUGCUGAGUACCUGUUGGUGGGUCAGGAGCCCAGCCAGACUGAAGCAGGUGUGCUGGCGCUGUAUAAGUACGACCACUCCCUCAGCAGGAUGGUUCUGGUGAGUGAAGCGCACGAGCCUGUAUCAUCGCACGUGGUAGCCACCGUGUUGGGCGACGCCAUCUUGGUGGCAGUGACGGGCAAACGAACCCCACUGUGUGACACCUUCGUGGAGGUGUACCUCACCAACACCACUGACAUCGGCCACAACCUGCAGCGGUUGGAGGUGCCAGAGGCAGUGCACAGCAGCUUGCUUCACCUGCACACUGGCGAGGUGGUGCUGAUGGUGCAGACCAGACACAGCCUCUAUCACUACUACUUGCGUGGCACCAAAUUUGUCUUUGUGAGAGAGAUGAACACUGCCUCAUCCUUGUGCCCGUGGUCCACCCCAUUCCUGGCCGGCGACCCACGGACCCUGCACAUCGCAUACGCUGGCCUGGGCGCGUACCAAGAGGACUACAAGGGCGCCAAGCUGCUGCCGGUCUCCACCACCAUCUACAGGGCAGUCUACCGAGGCCCCUCCUUUGACACCCUCUACAGGGGAUCCUCACACCUCUCCUCCUCACUACAUGCUCACCCUCCUUCCACAUCCUACUCCAUCUCGUAUGGCUCCACCCCUCACUACAGAAGCUGAGGUGGUUGUGUGAGCGUUUUGUGUUGAGUUGCAGGAAGGGCUCUGUACAUAACAUUGAUUAAACUGUCUGAGAGUGU